GCCAAUCGUGUCAGAGCAAUGGGCUGCCCGGAACAAAGAUGGCGGGGGAGGACUCUGUGAGGGCAGACUGAUCAGAGCCCGCCGCAGACCCCUGAGGCAGUGGUAGCAGCGCGGUCGCGACCAUGGAGCAGGGCGGCAGCGCUGGCAGCGCUGGCAGCGACAGCACUAGCGGGAGCGGCGGGGCGCAGCAAAGGGAGCUGGAGCGCAUGGCUGAGGUCCUGGUCACAGGGGAGCAGCUACGACUCAGACUGCAUGAAGAAAAGGUUAUUAAAGAUAGACGACAUCAUCUCAAGACCUACCCAAACUGUUUUGUUGCAAAAGAACUGAUUGACUGGCUGAUUGAACACAAAGAGGCUUCUGACAGAGAGACAGCAAUUAAACUCAUGCAGAAAUUAGCAGACCGGGGCAUUAUUCAUCAUGUGUGCGAUGAGCACAAGGAAUUCAAGGAUGUCAAACUCUUCUACCGCUUUAGAAAAGAUGACGGCACCUUCCCACUGGACAAUGAAGUGAAGGCCUUCAUGAGAGGACAGAGGCUGUAUGAGAAAUUGAUGAGCCCAGAAAAUACUCUACUGCAACCCAGGGAGGAGGAAGGAGUUAAGUAUGAGCGCACCUUCAUGGCAUCUGAAUUCCUGGACUGGCUAGUUCAGGAAGGCGAGGCCACUACGAGGAAAGAGGCAGAGCAGCUUUGCCAGCGGCUUAUGGAGCAUGGCAUCAUACAGCACGUGUCCAACAAGCAUCCGUUUGUGGAUAGCAAUCUUCUCUACCAGUUCAGAAUGAACUUCCGUCGGAGGCGAAGGCUGAUGGAGCUGCUAAAUGAGAAGUCCCCUUCCUCCCAGGAAGCUCACGACAGUCCCUUCUGCCUGAGGAAGCAGAGCCACGACCACCGCAAAUCUACCAGCUUUAUGUCAGUCAGCCCCAGCAAGGAGAUCAAGAUCGUGUCUGCAGUGAGGAGGAGCAGCAUGAGCAGCUGUGGCAGCAGCGGCUACUUCAGCAGCAGCCCCCCACUCAGCAGCAGCCCCCCUGUGCUCUGCAACCCCAAAUCUGUGCUGAAGAGACCCGUCACCUCUGAAGAGCUCCUGACUCCAGGGGCGCCAUACGCAAGGAAGACAUUCACGAUUGUCGGCGACGCAGUUGGCUGGGGCUUUGUGGUGCGAGGAAGUAAGCCGUGCCACAUCCAGGCGGUGGAUCCCAGUGGACCUGCCGCUGCAGCAGGAAUGAAGGUCUGUCAGUUUGUCGUCUCUGUCAAUGGGCUGAAUGUGCUGCAUGUAGACUACCGGACCGUGAGCAAUCUGAUCUUGACAGGCCCCCGGACAAUCGUCAUGGAAGUCAUGGAAGAGCUGGAGUGCUGAGCAGUGAGACCUCCCAGCCUGCAGUGGCUCAGAGGUGACCUCAGCCAGGAUGAAGCAAAGCAGCGCAAAUACAAGACUUCCAUGCAAAUCAUCGGUUUUGGACAUGCAAAGCUUUUUUCCAUACAUACACAUCUUAAAUUGAGUUUCAUACACUGUUUGAAUGUGGAACAAGCGGGUAACAUACCUUUAAACAAAAAGAAAUCAGUGUAGAAAACAUUCGGGAAACAGAGUUUUCCUUUGUGAUAGAAUUGCCUUACUAGAUUUCUAUUUAUAGUUCUCCUUCAUUGUUUUUUUAUCUUAGUUUGCAGGAACUUGGUGAAAUGUUUCUCUUGCCCCAGUAGGUAAACAUGCUAAAAUCCCCUUCUUAAGAAUCAAUAGAGUAGUUGCAAUAGACUUUUAUUGUAUUCGUACCAAAAUUAGCAUGGAGCUUGUAUACUAGAGAAUCUAAAUUUCACCAGGAUUUAAAUUAAAGCAGUAUCCAAAGGAAUAUGAUCUGGUUCUAAUCUCAAGCAUUUGAGUGUACUUGAAAGUCAUCAAAAAAAUGACUUUUUCUUAAUCCCUGCUUCUAGUAUCAACUUUUUAUUUAACACACAUUUCAAUUAUCGUAUUAACUGAAAAAACAAAACUUUGUGAUGCUAUGGGUGGUGGUAGGUAAAGCGGUACUACUCAAAAUUCUUUGCCCCUAUUUUUUUCUCUUUUGAGCCUAAAUAAUUUCAUUCUAUAAACAAGCUACAGCAGCUUUCUUGAAUUAACCCUGAAUAUGUUGAAUUUUAAAACAGAGAUCUUUGUAUAUACACAUAUAAUUAAAUCAAACCUUCUGGCUAGA